AUGCAGGAGGCCAUCCUCUUCCUGCUUCUCCUGGGCGCCCUGUCAGUGGGACAUGCACUACACCUAAUCCACUUACCUGCUACAAGCAACGUGGCAGAGAAUUCUCCACCUGAGACUUCAGUGCACAAGUUUUCUGUGAAAUUAUCAGCAUCACUGUCACCUGUGAUCCCAGGGUUCCCCCUAAUCAACUCAAGUCCCCUCACUGAGGCCUUCAGGGUGAACUGGCUGUCAGACACUGACUUUGAGGUUGUCACCACCGGGAAGGAACAACUAGAUUUUGAAACAGGACCACACAUAUUUGAUUUGCAGAUUUGUGUGAAGGAUGACGUGGGUGUCACUGACCUGCAGGUCCUGACGGUCCAGGUAACAGAUGUGAAUGAGCCGCCUGAGUUUCAAGGCAACUUGGCAAAAGGUCUAGACCUCUACAUAGUGGAAGGAGCAAAGCCUGGAUUCAUUUACCAGGUGGAGGCCUUCGAUCCAGAAGACACAAGGCAAAACACACCCCUCGGUUAUUUCCUGAUUUCCCCUUCAAAGAGUUUCAGAAUGUCUGCUAAUGGGACCCUCUUCUCCACAACAGAAUUUGACUUUGAAGCAGGACACAGCAGGUACCAUCUUAUCGUGGAAGUGAGAGAUAGCCAAGGGCUCAGAGUCUCCAUGGAGCUGCAAGUGAACAUCGUGAAUAUUAAUGAUGAGAUCCCUCGCUUUACCAGCCCAAUGCACAUGUACACGAUUCCCGAGGAGCUGGGUCCAGGAGCAAUUGUGGCCAAUAUCACAGCUGAAGACCCUGAUGAUAAAGGUUUUACCAGCUUCCUAUUCUACAGCAUCACUACUGUCAACAGCUAUUUCAUGAUCAAUCAGUUGACUGGGACCAUCCAAGUGGUGCGCAGGAUAGACCGAGAUGCAGGUGAAUUAAGACAAAAUCCCGCCAUAUCUCUGGAGGUUCUGGUGAAGGAUAGACCCUCUGGGGGUCAGGAGAAUCGCAAGCAGAUAACCUUCAUUGUGGAAGACAUUAAUGACAACCCCUCAACAUGCACCAAGUUCACCUUCAGCAUUAUGGUGCCUGAGAGAGCAGCCAAGGGGACGUUGCUUCUGGACCUGAACAAGUUCUGCUUUGAUGAUGACAGUGAAGCACCAAACAACCAAUUCAACUUCACCACGCCAUCCGGAGUGGGGAGCGGCAGCAGAUUUUUACAGGAUCCAGCUGGCUCUGGGAGAAUCAUGUUGAUUGGUGAUCUGGAUUAUGAAAAUUCAAGUAAUCUAGCAGCCGGCAAUAAAUACACUGUGAUAAUCCAGGUGCAGGAUGUUGCCCCUCCUUACUAUAAAAAUAAUAUCUACAUUUAUAUCCUAACAAGCCCAGAAAAUGAGUUUCCUCUUGUCUUUGAUAGCCCAUCCUACAUAUUUGCCAUGUCGGAAUUAAGCCCAUCUAGAACCCGGGUUGGACGGAUGCAAGCGACAGAUAAAGACUUCCCCCAGAGAGGCAUCGUGUACUCCAUCUCCACCGGAGGGGCCAGCCAGCACUACCCAAACAUAUUUUGGAUUAAUCCCCAAACGGGAGAACUCCAGCUGGUGACUAAAGCGGACUACGAGACAACCCCCAUCUAUAUUCUCAGAAUCCAGGCCACCAACGGCGAGGACAGCAGCUCAGUCACUGUGACUGUGAACAUCAUUGAAGAAAAUGAUGAAAAACCAAUCUGUACCCCAAACUCGUACUUCCUGGCCAUCCCAGUGGAUCUGAAAGUUGGCACAAAUAUUUACAAUUUCAAGCUCACAUGUACUGACCUUGAUUCCAGCCCCAGGUCUUUUCGUUACUCCAUUGGCUCAGGGAACAUCAACAGUCAUUUCACCUUCUCUCCCAACGCCGGGUCCAACGUUACAAGCCUGAUCCUCGCGACUCGCUUUGACUAUGCUAGUGGGCUUGAUAAGAUCUGGAACUACAAACUACUUGUCUACAUAACUGAUGACAACUUGCUGUCCGACAGGAAGACAGCUGCAGCUCUUGUUGAAACAGGCACAGUGACCCUGAGCAUUAGUGUCAUUCCUCACCCAACCACGACUGUCACCACAACCCCCAGGCCCAGGAUCACCUACCGGAUCCUGAGGAAGAACGUGUAUUUUCCAUCAGCCUGGUACGUGCCUUUUGUCAUCACUUUGGGCUCCAUGUUGCUUCUGGGUCUCCUAGUGUCCCUGAUCGUCCUGUUGGCCAAAGCCAUCCACAGACACUGUCCCUGCAAGACUGGGAAGCACAAGAAACCUCUGCUUUAUCACAGUAAAUUGCAGUGCCUCUUUGUCAAUGGCUCCUGCUUGAUUGCAAGCUUUGGGCGGGCGGAAACAAUCCAGAUGAACACUGUCUUUGAUGGAGAAGCCGCAGACACAGUUACUGGGGCAAUAUAUGAAUUCAACACAAAAACUGGAGCCAGAAAGUGGAAAGAUCCCUUAACCCAAAUGCCAAAAUGGAAGGAGUCCAGCCCUCAGGGAGCUGCUCCAAGAAGACCUGUCACUGGGGAAGGGACCGGGCCACUAAGGAGCACCCGCAACGAAGGAGAUGGGCUGAGAGACAAAGCACAGGCCAAGAAUAUAGUCCCAUGGUCCAGGAACCAGGACAGCAAGCCAAGCACCCCAAAGAACAGAAACUCAGCCCUUACGGGUGGGGGAUCCCCCAAACCGCACCCAGAAAAGUGA